GCGCCCCUUCACUAAAUUAUUGGCUAACCAAUCGAUACCUUCUUACCGGCUUCUUUUGAUUAUUCUCUUAACUUCUCUCGGAAGGAUUCAACAUAUUGUUGAUGGCGUUGAACUUUCAACGGCGGGGAUCGCAGGUUAUCUGACGAUGGAUUCUUACAUAUGCGACACUCUAUCGUCUCUUCCUCAGCUCAGCUUCUCCGUCACCGAUGGAUACUGAGGACGAGAUCAUGUUCGAAUUGCUACCACUCAUCCGCAUAUACAAGAGUGGCCGCGUCGAGCGGUACCAGGAUAACGAGACCGUCCCGGCCUCAGUCGACCCUGCCACCGGAGUCUCGUCGAAGGACGUGGUGAUCGCAGCCGACACCGGAGUCUCGGCACGCCUCUACGUCCCGGGUCUCGGCACCGACGCGCAGAGAAGAAUCCCCGUCCUUGUCUACUACCAUGGCGGCGCUUUCUGCAUCGGUAACCCCUUCAUGCCCAUGUUCCACAACUAUCUCAACUCCCUUGUAGCUCGGGCUCACGUCGUCGCCGUCUCGGUCAACUACCGGCUGGCACCGGAGCACCCGAUCCCGGCCGCCUACGACGACUCGUGGAAGGCGCUCCGGUGGGUGGCCUCCCACGCAAACGGGGGCCCGGGGCCGGACCGGUGGCUGGCCGACCACGCCGACUUCGACCGCCUCUUUCUCGCCGGCGACAGCGCGGGGGCCAACAUAGCCCACCACAUGGCCAUGCGAGCGGGAGCUGAGGGGCUCGAACGUGGCGUCGGAGUCCAUGGGGUGGUGCUCGUCCAUCCGUACUUCUUGGGGUCGGAGCCGGUGGAGUCAGCGGCGUUAAACCCGGAGAUGACUGCCAGAUUGGAGAGGUUCUGGGAGUUGGCAUGCCCGACGGCCGCAGCGGGCGUCGACGAUCCGAUGAUCAACCCGCUGGCGGAUGGUGCGCCGAGCUUGGUCAGCAUGGACCGCAAGCGGGUGUUGGUGUGCGUGGGGGUGGAGGACGUUCUGAGGGACAGGGGAAGGGCUUACUACCACAGGCUGAGGGAGAAGAGGUGCGGAGAAGUGGAGCUGUACGAGACUGAUGGAAAAGGCCACACCUUCCAUUUCUUUGACCCUACUUGUGAUGAAGCUUUGGCUCAAGAUAGAGCCAUCUGCUGCUUUCUCGAUAGAGAGAGAAUGAGAGAGUCUGCCAUAGAAUAA